AUGUUAUGGUUACUUGCCACAUCAGGAAAGGUGUUGUCCGGGGAAAUUGCCGACCCCAUCGGUACCAUGGGGUACAAUGCGGGGAUCGUGGAUGACCUAGAUACCAUGCCUGUGCGCAACAUGACGGCGUUUGUCCGAACACCAUCAGCCUCGGUCUCUGCACCCGCUGAUGCGGUGAGCAAUCUUACUGUUUAA